AUGGGAGGACUCGGCAAGAGAAUGCUUGCGGGACAAGUCUUCAAUGAUGUAGUUGCAAUGGAACAGUUUGAUUUCAAGAUCUGGGUUUCAAUGUCUGAUGACUUCAAUCUUGAAAUGGUGACGAGAACUAUCUCUAAGAAAGUCACAUCUCAGCUAUCCGAUAUGGAUGAUUUCAGUCAAGUUCAAGAUAAUCUGAGUAAGGCGAUUGAUGGUAAAAGGUUUUUGAUUGUUUUAGAAGAUGUCUGGAGCACAUGUGAUUAUGAUUCAUGGACCAAACUGCAAGCUCCCUUUGGUGGGGGAGCUAAGGGAAGUAUGAUAAUGGUGAGAGAUGUCGGAUUUCUAAUAUUAUCGGAGGCAACAUCUCUGACUCCCCCUAUUGCUUUAUUCAAGAGCUAA